CGCCGGCUUUUUCUCUCAGCCAACACCCUCUGUCUUCUUUGCCGGUGAGUAGCCACUGUCUUAAAGACUGUAUUAAUUUGCAGCAAGUGUUCUAACACUGGUAUCCCCCAUCGGGUGCGUCACGUGUGGUUAUUUUAUGGAUAGAAUAGGCCGCCGGCCAUUGUUGAUUUUCAGCCCUCUACCGCUCAGUAUAGGCUGGUUUUAUACGGGCUUUGCAAAAUACGCCAAGGAUAUUAUUAUAGGAAGGAUAAUCACGGGUAUAGGUGUCGGUAUGGCGAUGAGUGUACCCCGAGUUUACCUGACUGAAAUCUCUUUGCCCAAUAUGCGUGGCGUUAUUGGUUCCUUUCCCAAUGUUGCCAUGUCCAUUGGGAUCACCACACAGGCUGGCUUAGGUGCUGUAUUUCAUUGGAAAACCUUAUGCUACAUAGCAGGCUCUUACGGAUUAUUUCUAUUUUUCCUGAACUUCUUUCUACCCGAAACACCAUACUUUUUACUUGAAAAGGCAACGAUCGAUGAUGCAGAGAAGGCGUUGAGAAAGUUUCGAUCCAACAAACAUAAUAUUGAAUGGGAAAUGGAAGAAUUAAUGGAUUUUAAAAUCGAUAAUAAUAUAAAAAAGCUAACUUUGAGCGAGCAGAUUGCAGCAUUAUUUCGCAAGUCUUCCUGCAAACCAUUCUGGAUUGUGAUGAUAUACAUCCUCAUUACUCAACUGUCAGGUGUUACGAUUUUAAUAAUGUGGGCUGUUGAGUUUCUACAGAACUCAAAAUCAUCGGUUGAUCCCCAUGCGGGAAACGUAAUGCUGGGUCUGACUAGGCUUUUCGCUGGAAUCGCUGCAUCUGUACUUAUCUUCAGAACAGGAAGAAGACCACUCGCGCUUAUAUCAGGUUUAGGUGUUGGCAUCGUUUGCCUCAGCCUAGGCCUUAUGAUUCAAUACAAGGAAUAUCCCACAGUAUUCCCACAAAUCGGGUAUAUUUUAUACAUUAUCUUUGGGUCUUUGGGUCAUUACACUCUACCAGUUCUCGUCAUGUUUGAACUCUACCCAUUACAGGUGCGAGGCGUUCUCGGCGGAAUAUCUAUGUCGAUACUAAACUUCAUGAUAUUCGGCGCAAACAAGACGUAUCCAUACGUACGAGAUGCGCUCGGCUAUCCGUACACCAUCAUUUCUUUUGGAGUCUGUUCAUUAUUGGGUUGCAUUUACCUUUACUUCUACUUACCUGAAACAAAGGGACUUACCUUACAAGAGAUAGAAGAGUACUACAACGAUCUCCGUCCGACUCUUACAUCACAACGUCUCAUUCGUUCUGAGAUGUACAUAAAAGGUGUUGGUCUAGGUAGUCCGAGCAAGUCUUUAAUACGACUGGACAGGUUUAAAGAUAAAUCAUUACAUAUGAAUAAGGAAUCUAUUUCCAAAAAAGGGAGUAAGGAGGAUGAAACGAAAGAUGACAACUCUGAUAAACAUAAAUAGUGUGCUAUGCUAACCACAUAUUCCCAAGUUGAUUGA